UACACCUCCUUCCCAAAAAGAGGACGGAACUCAAACGACAGAAUCGGGUGAUAGAGUGUGACUUAAAAACAGGGCAGAGAUAGAGAGGGAAGCAGCGACCUCCUACCCAAACCGAGCUAAUAAAAUGCAUUCUGACUCCAGCUCGAGCAGAUCUUCCUCACCAGACAUGGAUGGGAUGUAUCUCAGAGACCACCUCAAUUCAGUGUCCUCGACGCAGAACGAACUCCUCCAGAAGAUGACGAGCGAGCACCUUUCUAGGCACGGGGAAAAGUCACCUGGCGGGAGCAAGUACAAACUCAAAAAGCAAGUGACCGAGCAAGAGAUUCAGCAUCUGAGGCUGAAAAUCAACGGACGGGAGCGCAAGAGGAUGCAUGACUUGAACCUGGCGAUGGACGGCCUCCGGGAAGUCAUGCCGUACGCACACGGUCCGUCCGUGAGAAAGCUGUCUAAAAUUGCCACUCUCCUGCUCGCCAGAAACUACAUCCUGAUGCUCAACAGCUCACUGGACGAGAUGAAAAGGCUGGUUGGAGAAAUCUACGGCGGACAUCAUUCUACGUUCCACUGCGGGACAGUGAGCGGGCACUCUGGCAACCCAGCGCAUCAGGUGCAUCCGCUGCUCGGGAGCGCGCUGUCCUCGUCCACAUCCUCCACCCUCACCACCACUUUACCGGGACUAACCUCCAUCCGAGCACCUCAUUCCCUAAUGAAGAGUGCCCCUGCACCCCCUCUUCAACUCGGCAGCGGUUUCCAGCACUGGUCAGGUUUACCUUGCCCGUGCCCCAUAUGUCAAGUACCUCCACCCCCUCAUAUUCCUAUCAGUUCAGCGGGACUGACGAGACUUACAAGUGAAAACAAGGACGUGAUGAAGUAAUUUGGGACAUCCGAUACAGAAUGGUGUCAACGUGUACAGUAAAUUGUGAAUUGGACAUGAAGAACGAACCUCAAUGCAUGCAUUGUUUGUCUGUUUAUUUGUUUUUUGCGUAUGAGAUACCCUAAAUAUCCUCCCUGUAACAAAGAUCCUGUGAAAAUACUUUUUUCAUGGUAAAACUUUUGCCGGUUAUUUGGUGUCACCAGAGAUGCAUUCACACAGUGUACAUAUGUUUCUUUGUAAAAAAAAAAACAACUUCUAAAACAUUAAGCUGUAGAUGUCUGAAUGUAACCUUACGUUUCCAGCACUGAAGGUGAUCGUAGCACAACAUACUUGCUGUUCUG